AGAAAAUUGAGUCUGCUCUCCAACGAAGACUUUCAGGUCUAUUCUCCCCAAGACGAAGGAUUGCUGAAUACUCGUGGGAGUUUUCCAGAGGAAGAAGUACUGGUACCAUCUUAACAGCUGGUGCUGAACCCAGCUCAACCACAUAUAUCUCCACUUUUGAUACGAUUGCGAUAAGCAAAUUUCUCUAGCCUCGCUCGCCUCGACACAGCGGGGUACUCACCUCUAGCAUCGUCAUCUAAUCGCCAAUUCCCGCAUUCACUCGCGACAUCGGCAGUAAAAUCUUUACAUGUACGAAAUCUAUCUAAUUCUUGAGGAUAUGCAUCGUUCGAAUAGCAUUAAGGUCUCUCACGUCCAGGUAAUUAAUCUGUGCCCACAAAGGCAAUGAACCGGUGGCGAAGUUGGUCAAUCUGAACAUCAUCCAACCUUUCGUCAGGUCAAGUGCAUCGAGAGGAGAUGGUGUUCUGAAUUGCGUGCUGGUGUCUGAGAUUAUACGGUUACACUUGAUCAGGUUAAUGCCUGCGAAAGAAUCUUGCUUUGCCUUUACAUCCCCAAGAACAUGUACUGUUAUAUUGACUCAAUGCUAACUUACUUGUAGGAUGGCCUUGAAUAACAACAUGGCAGAUGUUGAGAAAGAAGCAGUCUUGAAUCCUAAUUCCGAAAAGCUACCAUCACCCGACGCAGCAAGGUUGAAAGCUUACGAUGCCGCCACCAAUGUCGAAGACGAUGUUAUUCCCAAAAAUAGGUUUCUGGCAUUGAGCUACAGACUCGAACAAUUCCUGGGUUUCGAAGCUAGGGGAAUAAGACGUGUUAAAGGAAAGGAACAAACGGAACAGACUACCUUGAACUUUUGGCAAAUUGUUAUGAUGUGGUUCUCAAUCAACGCAGCUGCACAAAAUAUUACGCUGGGUAGCAUUGGGUACAGCGUUUUCGAGUUGGGUUUUGUGGAUGCGACUCUUUGCAGUGUAUUUGGUGGCAUGGUUGGAAGUAUACCCGUCGCUUAUACAGCUGGUUGGGGACCUUGGAGUGGAAACCGGACUAUGGUAAGUGUUUUUGCUAUCUCAUCCAAUGACGGGAUCUGACUGUGUUAAAGGUGUGCGCUCGGUUUUCUAUGGGCUGGUGGCCAGUGAAACUCUGUGUUCUACUCAAUCUCGUCAUUCUCAUAGGAUACACAAUGAUUGAUGCUGUUAUUACCGGUCAAAUUCUAUCUGCGCUUUCUGCAAAUGGGAGCCUUUCAAUUGAAGUCGGCAUUAUCAUAUCUGCGAUUUCGACAUUCUUGGUAACCAUAUUUGGUAUCAGAAUAUUUCAUUAUUAUACUAGGUACUUAUUCCUGGGAGCUCAAAAAGUUAAGCCCGUGUUUCUAAUAACCUUUUAAGAUAUGCCUGGAUCCCAUCUGCAAUUAUGCUUCUCAUCUUGCUGGGAACAACAGCACGAAAAUAUGACAUCGAAACGCCAUCUUUUGCCACUGACAAAACAUUGAUUGGCAACCGUCUUUCCUUCUUCUCAGUUUGUCUCUCUGCGGCAAUCACUUAUUCAGGAGGAGCCGCAGAUUUCCUUGUUUACUGCGACCCAAAAUCUGCCACACGAUGGAAGGUUGGAGGAGCAACCCUGUUAGGCCUCUGGCUCUCAUUCUCCCUCACCUUCAUUAUAGGUGCUGGUCUCUCAUCUGGGCUCGCGAAGAACUCAAGCUGGGAGGCAGCCGGUGCAGGAAGCGGAGCUCUCGUUGUGGCUGGCUUUGACAGUCUCGGAGGAUUUGGGAAGUUUUGCUCCGUUCUCGCUGCCAUUGGGUUGAUUGCAAACAUGGUAGCACCAAUCUACUCUUCAGGUCUCGAUUUCCAAAUUCUAGGACGAUAUACAGCAAUCGUACCUCGAUUCAUCUGGAACACUGUGGCAGUAGUAAUCUUCACCGUCUGCGCGCUCGCAGGAAAGGAUGAUCUCUCUGCGAUAUUCACGAAUUUCUUAGCUUUAAUGGGAUACUGGGUCGUUCCAUGGAUAGCAAUCACACUGGAAGAAGAAUUCAUAUUUCGCAGGCGUGAUGUUCCCACGUUUGUGUGGAACGAUUGGGAUCAGCCUUCUCGCCUCCCUGUUGGCCUCGCGGCCAUGGCUGCGUUUUGUGUCGGUUGGGUGGGUGCUGUUUUAUGCAUGUCACAAGCUUACUAUAUUGGUCCAUUGGCAAGGCCCGUGGGAGACUUUGGUGCGGAUAUGGGGAAUUAUGUUGGAUUUGCAUGGGCGGGAUUGGUGUAUCUUCCUCUAAGAUAUUUGGAAAAGAAGAAGUUUGGACGAUAGACCAAAGGAACGAAAAAGGACGACACAGUACUGCGAUAUCGGUUUCAACACAAUUUGGAGUGUAAUAAUUAUUAACUAAUUUGUAGGAAGAAGAUAAAAUGUUAAGAAAAUCUCGCUGGCAAAGCGUAAUGAUAAUAUCCCCCGGGUUGCCAUUAUGUAAGCUUCCUCGCCCAUUGACGUAUAUAUAUAUAUAUCCAUUUUCUCAACAUCUUUUUCAGCAACAUCAAGGACUGCCUUUGGAGACCGAGAAAUCCUUUCAGCUUUUCAAAUGCCCCAUGCUCACGAUUGCCAUUUGGAUCCCCCAGCUCACCUCCGCAACUAAGUGCCCAACGAUAAGGAAACCUCGCCAGAUCAAUCUGAUCUCUCGUGUCUGGAUCCUCCCCAAAAUGUUUUUCCCACUCCCAAACCGCCCUUAAUUCCUUAAUGGCCUUCCUAUAACCGCCACGAUUGAUGAACUCUAAGUCGUUAGUGAUCUGACGUUUGACUAGUUCUUCGUCGGUUUCGUAAACUGCGUUUGUGGGUAUGUCGCCUUGAACCAUGUUAAGAGCCACGAAGUAGUUCAUCCGCUGUGCAAUUCUUUUGUAACCGUUGUCGUUUAAAG